UAGCUAUCCACCGGGGGAUUUCUUGUUGAUUCCGUUCCCUGCACCAGAGCGACUUCUGGAAGUGGUGCAAGCAAAACUGGAAAUGGAGCCGUUUUCUGACCAGUUCAUGGAGUUCCACCCAAUCCACGGGACCAACGUCAGACUGGAUUACUCAGGAACUCAGGCCACUCGGGUGGAGAGCUUUGCCAACGGAGUUUGUUUCAGCAAACAGCCCCUGAAGCCUGGAGAGAUUUUUCUCAUAGAGAUUGAGGAUAAAGAGCUGGGCUGGUGUGGCCACCUCCGGGUCGGCCUGACAGCCCAGGACCCCAGGAGCUUAGAGGCGGUGCCGGAAUAUUCUAUCCCAGACUUGACAGACUUGGGGAACAGCUGGGUGUUUGCCAUCACUCGCAACCAUAACAAGAUCAUAGAGGUCUUAGAGGCUGUGGAGGAAGGACUGGAUGGGGGGCAGAGGCUUGGGAGAGGAGAGGCAGAAGACGAACAUCAGGAAGAAGCAGCCCCCAAUGUGAAAACAAAGACUUUCUUUACUGACACUCACUUGUACAUUGACAGCGUUCGAAUUCCCAGAGACAAGCUGGUCGGACGGAGUCGACCCGGACGCUUCAGCCACAUUUUGGAUGACUUGUACAAGACCAACGCCCUGCCUCCCACAGCCAGACGCAGCAGGAUAGGAGUUCUGUAUGUGCCUAAAGGGCAAGACCUGGCUGAUAUGCACAUUGUCAUCAAUGGUGAGGACAUGGGAGCUUCUGCAAAGGGGAUCCCCACCAUUGAGCCUCUCUACGCUGUGGUGGACGUAUUUGCUGCUACCAAGUGUGUGCGAAUUGUUCAGGUGGAGUACGGAUUCUCGUCCUUGCAGACAUUGUGUAGAAAGACUAUACAGAAGCACAUCGUCCACAGGAUGGCCCUGGACUGGCUAGAACUGCCAGAGGCCCUCAAGCACUACUGCAAAUAUGAAUAAAGGAUGUCGACCUAAACUGGAAAGAAACAUCAUUUCUGUGCCCCUUCACAGUUUGUACCAAGGAAAUGUAUUUAUUUUUAUGAUGUGUUUCAUUUCUAAAACAAAGCAGAGCAUGUUAUGCUCUUGAUAGCUGUUAAAAUUUACAUCAUGUGUUUGAGAUGGCAACUGCAAAUGAAAAUAAAUUCAGUUAUUACUAGGUGAUGUUUGAUUGAUUUUAAUAGUACCACCCUAGUGACUCAGGUCUUGUCUAUGUCUGUUUCAUUUAAUUAGCGGAUAAUUAGAGUGGUAAGAACAGGCAUCAUAUCAGAUCACGUCAGUGUCGGCUCUUACAUGCAGCUGUGAGAACAAUCUGCAAAUCCGGUCACACUAAUAGGUGUGAUAGAGAUUAGAAAAGCACCUUAAUGUUUGAUGUCUGCUGAGACCCUUGAAUUUGUUGAAACAAUUCCUAAGUUUGGAUUUUUACUACAUAGUCUCAAUGCUGUGGCCAUAACUACUGGACAGGAUGUAAUAUGGGUAGGUUACUGAAAUCGACUAAAGAAAAUGUAAUUAUUUUUCAAGAUCUUUACUCUGUGAGUCUCAAAUCCUACCAGUGUGUGUGAAAGGCAUGUUUUAUUUCUAAAAAUCGCCAGAUUACACACUUUAUGAGAAUUGGAAAAUGUGAAAACAGAAACAAAUUGUUGAAUGUUUAACUCUCUGAUGGUCCAUAAAAUAACGUCAGAUGUGCUGUGCCAUCAAGGAAAUUAGCCAAAGCUAAGCUUAAAAUCAUAACAUUUCUUCAAAAUCACUUUAUUCUACAUUUCUCAUUUUAAAAAUAUUCAAAAAUGAAGCUUUGCACAAAACAGAUUCUUUUGAAAACAAAAAUAAACUGCACUCCUCUGCACAACUGAGAAGUCAUGAAGGACUAAUUUAACACCAACAGCCACAUAAUUAAAAUUCACAGAGUUUAAAGAUGAGCUGCAUGCUGCAUUUAUAGAGAGCCGAGAAGAGACAAGUAUGUAAGCAAAUCAGAAAUGUACAGCCAUGGCCAUAAGUUUGGACACAGCAUGACUUACUAUGUCUGUUUUGAUGUCUAUUACAGAACAUAACUAAUAUUUUUUGACAGCACCAGUUUAAUUAGUCAACAAAUCAACAAGGGAUAUAAUAUUAUCAAUAAAUUCCAACAAUUGGAACAACUUUGUUCCCAAAACAUAAUAUUAGAUAUUUGUGCAACAAUUUGCAGUUAAUAUUCAAAUGUCAAUAUUUGCUGUCAAACAUCAAAUUUAUGCAAUGGAAAUAUCUAUACAUUUUGGUUGAUGGCUAUGACUGGUAUUUAUAUUGUAAGUGACAAUUUUGUGGUAUUUUCUAAGAUUCACAAGUGUCAUGGUACUUGUGUCCAAACUUAUGGCCAUGGCUGUAAUAAUUAAAAUCUACUGUAUGUAGAACCAUCAUUUUUGUUCAGUGUUGGUGACACUUCUGGAGACUUGGAAUAUUUUUUUUUUACAUGUGAAUUCCAUUUUGUUCCCAA